AUGGAUAUCAAAAGCGAAAUCUCGAGACGCAAAGAUUAUGAUACCACAGCCAGCAACACAAAUGAGCCAGCUCUCGAAUCACACGAGGCCGGGAUUCCCCACGCGUUAAAAACCUCUCUCAAAGUCCGUCCCCUCGAACGCAAAUUCUCUCCAACCACACCCCAGCCGCAUUGCCAUCCGCAUCCGCAUCCGCAUCCGCCCUGCGAAUCUCUGCUAGUCUACAUCGUGUAUCCUCGGACGCAUGUCUCCCUGCGCCCGCAGCGCGGCUGUCUCUGGGCAGCGCAAUUGGCCAGCCGAACGCAUGUUUUGAGGAGCUGCAAGUGCUGCGUGGCCAUGGUGGAGAGAGGCUCUACACCGCCAGUUGGGCUGCCGACCUCUCAGAAGGCGGGAGGGGUGGGUGCAGUGAUGGCGCCGGCCAAUGGGGAGGGCCAAGGGGAUUGGGGGCAAUUUGGGUGCUGGGACGGGAAAGGGGAUGGACGUAAUAAAUGA